AAAACAAAUCAAAAUUGCAAAUAUUUUUGUGUGUUGUUUAUUUAAAAUCAACGUCAUCGUUGGUUGUGAUAUGCUCAGAUACAUUCUGUUGCCUGCGUGAAUUUGCUUGAAUGUUUUUCACAAUUGUAUCUGUUGCUACUUUUGUUCUUACUGCUGCCAUUGGCGCUGCUGUCGUUGCUGUUGUUAAUUGAAAUAAAUUGGACUUUAUUAUUGUUAAUAAAAAUUUAAGUAUUUACGCGGUAUACAAUCAUUUUCUACGUCCAUUUGUGCUAAGUUUUAUGAAAAAAAAUUUUUUUCCACUUUCGUUUUUUGGAAACGUUACAAUUUUGUGUAAAAUUUUUGUUCUCCGACAAAUUUGUUAACAACAAGUAAUACCAGAGUAUACUGAAAAUUCUGGAACGCAGUUCAAAUUAACAGUUUUUAUUGGUAUUAAUAGUAGUUAUUGGCAUUUAUUGUGAAAAAGCAUCGAUCAUCAAUUAACUUUAAAAAUAAAUCUAUUAAACAAUUUUGGUUCGAGUACGUGUGGACAUAAAUAUUUCGAAGUUUAUUAUUUACGAAGCUCGCAGUUUGCAGAAAUUUGUUACAAGUGUUGCAUCCGCUAAGUAAGAGCAUGCGCCCUAUCGAAAUUGGUAGUGGAUACUUGUUGCCAACACACUUACAAAUAGUUAACAGCAACUGCCAACAACGUUAGCCACUAACAGUGGCAAGAGAGCAGUGUAAAUAAAAUAACAUUACAGUAACAGAGCUUACACAUGAAACGGAAGUGCACAGGUUGGAGUUGCCAAUAUAAAUCAAAACAAAUUAAAUCCUAUAAGAAUAAUAAAGUAAAUAAAAUGGAAACUUCAUUCGCACGGCACAAUAUUGAAAAACGUCGUCUAAUAGAUUUGGUGCAUUUGAAUCCAAUAUUGUGGGAUUGUCGGCUGCCGCACUAUAAAAGGUCCGAUAAGAAGAAGGCUAUUAAAUGGAAUGAACUUGGACGUGUUUUUAAUGUCAGUGGCGAAAGAGUGCAACGCACUUUCACAUCAUUGCGUGAAAUCUUUCGGCGAGAAUUAAACCAUGAAAAAUUGCUCGGGAGUCAUUUCAAAUCAAAGUGGGAAUAUUACGAUGCAAUGACAUUUCUGAAGGAAGUUAUACGUGAACGGAAAUCCCGUGAGCGUCCACGACAAGCAGACCUACAACAACACAGUAACAAUAGCAGUGCUAUAGAUGAGUAUCAAUAUUUUGCACCGAACGACCCAAAUAAUCCAAAUAAUCAACAUCAGCCAAAGCAAACACAAAAAAUGCAACAGACAAAUACACAAAAGGAAAAUGUCAAUACGAAUGAAACAAAUAUACAACAAUCAACAAAUACAAGUCAACCCGAUGUUGUACUCGGUAUAAACAACAACAAAUAUACAAAACGUACAUCAAAUGGUGGACCACCAUCUCCACAUACUAUAUCCACAAUACCCUCCUGUUCUUCAUCACCAUCAAUUUAUAUAAAAGAAGAAGAUGAUGACGAGGAAAAUAAUCUAAUUAUACAAACCCCACCACACCCGCAUAAUUCUAAUAAAAAUUCAACUCCCAUUGAAAAUGCAAACAAUUUAACUAAUCAAGAAUUUCAUAAUCAAAAUUUUAGUAUGAAAUCCAAACAAAAUAAAAUUCAACAGCAAACAAUGUCGAACAAUUUGAUCAAUGAUAUUGAUAUCGAUGACGACGAUCUUGUUGAUGACGAUGUGGAAAUGAUUGAUGAUCACCUAUCCAGUGCUAGCACGUUGCAGGUUCUUAAGCAUCAGCCAACAGCACGUGAAAUACUCUACACGAAAUUCGGUGAAUUCUUAUCUGCCAGACUGAAUACUCUGAACGAGACUGCUGCAAAUGAUUUAAUCAACAAGAUACUUCUAUUAAUCGCAGAAAAAUAAAAUUAUCCAAGUAAUAUUUCCUUUAGUCCAAAUUUUCGUUUUAGUUAUUAAGUCAACAAAACUCUUUAGACUUUCAAGCAGUGAUAUUCGAAUUUUUUAUCUUUUAGAGUUCAAAACUAUACUCAGAUCAAAGAAAAGUAAUUAUUACAUUUAGAUGUGUCUUUUUGU